GCGACGGUUUUGAUGAACGAGUUUGAUUAUCUGCACGUACAUCAUGAUUACGUAUAAAAGGGAGUUUUAGGGUGAUUUGGUACAGUAGCGAUGGCAGCUAGCGUUUGUGUUGUUUUGUUUGUACUGAGUGCUACUUUUUGUAGCGCUUUGCAGCGGCAGAGCUUGACAGGGGAAUGGACUCUAGAAGGACCAGGUUUAGAGGCUCCACUCUCGGUGACCGUCCCAGGGGGUAUUUUCUCCAAUUUGAUGGACCGUGACGUGCUCGACAACGUCUUCUUCGGCUCGGGGGACGCGGACUCCGUUUGGGUAGGCGAAGGCGACUGGACAUACAACCUAACAUUCACGGUUGUAGAAGAACUCUUAGCUCACCGUGUCGUCUCUCUGGUUUUCGAAGGUUUAGACACUUUCGCUACAAUUCUCAUCAACGGGAAUGAAGUUGGCACAUCCGAGAACAUGUUCGUCCGCUACACCUACAACAUCAAAGACCAACUACAAGUAGGCGAAAAUGAACUCUCCGUACAGUUCACCUCAGCCGUCACUAGAGCGGCGGAGCUGGCCGAAGACCCAAACAACCCCUAUGUCAUUCCUCCGGAGUGCCCCGAUCCCAGUUACAACGGUAUUUGCCACGCAAAUCGUGUCAGAAAAAUGCAGGCGUCGUUUUCGUGGGACUGGGGACCGGCGUUCGCCUCUACGGGAAUAUGGAAAGAUGUUUAUUUGGAGGGUUUUGAUAAUGCGGUUAUUGAUUACGUGGUGGCCACUCCAGUCAAAGAUGCAGAUAGUGACACAUGGACGGUUUUUAUUACCACGUAUUUGGAUGGGGGGGAACCGGGACCCAUCGCCGGAACCAUCACCACGACUUUGGAUCUCGGGGAUGACUCGGAGUCCGUGAGUAUGUACGUGGAGCCGACCCCCAACCAGGACUUCGAGGUCUCCAUUGGGCUAUCCCUGAAUAUAACGGGCGACCGUGUCGAGCUCUGGUGGCCCAACGGCUACGGCGCCCAACCCCUCUACAACCUAACCGUGGGCUUCGUGGGUGAAACCGAAGAAGACGAAAAAACCGUCCGAGUAGGUUUCAGAACAAUCGAAGUAGUGCAAGACGAACUGGAACAAGGGCUCAGUUUCUACUUCAAAGUGAACGACCACCCGAUUUUCGCCAAGGGCUCGAACGAAAUUCCAGUUAACAUUCUACCAGAGAAGGGUCUGGAUCAAGCCAGUAUUAAGUUCCUCAUGCAGAGCGCCAGAGAUGUGCACAUGAACAUGCUCCGGGUGUGGGGCGGCGGCGUUUACGAGUCGGACUACUUCUACGACCUGGCCGACGAGUACGGGCUCAUUAUUUGGCAGGACUUCAUGUUUGCGUGCGCUAUGUACCCCGCCGACGACGCUUUUCUGAGCAACGUUGGUGGCGAAGUUAGGCACCAAUUGAAACGUCUGGGUAGUCACCCGAGCAUAGCGCUGUGGUCUGGCAACAACGAAAACGAGGGAGCUCUCCGCGACAAUUGGUACGGCACUUCGGACAACUUCGACGCUUUUAAGCAAGACUACAUUAAAUUGUACGUCGACCUCAUUCAAAGCGAAGUGGCGCAAAUUCUACCCAACGUGAACUUCGUAACAUCGAGCCCGUCCAACGGACUGGAGACGGAUCAAGAAGACCACGUUGCCCAGUGGCCGGGGAAUCCUCUAUACGGCGACGUUCAUUUCUACGACUACCAGUCGGACAGCUGGAACGUGGGCACUUUCCCAAUACCCAGAUUCUCGUCAGAGUACGGCUACCAGUCCAUGCCGUGUAUAGAAUCCUGGUACACGGCGACCGAGAGUUUGGACGACUUGAGACCCGACAGCGACUUCUUGAACGCGAGACAGCACCACCCUGACGGUAACCAGCAAAACGUCGACUUGAUUAAUUUGCAGCUGCAACUACCGGAUUCCUCGCACGAAAACUACGUGAAAGCUUUUGUUUACUUUUCACAGAUAUUACAAGCGCAGGCUAUUAAAACCCAAACUGAGCACUACAGGAGUUUUAAGGGACGUUUGACUGACGACGGGCAUGGUAAUACUAUGGGUGCGCUGUACUGGCAAUUGAACGACGUGUGGGUGGCACCCACCUGGUCUGGAAUCGAUUUCACGGGUCGCUGGAAGAUGCUGCACUACCAAGCGCGCGAAUUCUUCAACCCGAUGUUAAUAACCGGUCGACUGACUAACGAUGACGUUUUGGAAAUAUACGCAAUCCUGGAUGCGCUGGAAGUCCCCGAUUUUACAAUCAAGGCACUAAUGCACAUUUACGUGUGGGACUCCCUGGAGCCUCUGGUCGCCAUCGAGUAUCCAGUAACCUUGGACCCUCUGACAGCGGUUCUUGUUACCACGGUAGACGCACCGACAGCUCUUGCUUCAGUCGGCUGCGGCGACAACUACGAAGAAGCCAAAAAGAACUGCUUCUUCCAUUUCCACUUGUUGGACGAAAACAACAACCACCUGGUGCCUUUCAAUCACCUCUUCCCGGAGAAGCUGAGGAAUGUGGCUCUUCCGAGUGCUAACGUCCAGAUUGAGUCUGUCACGGCUACGGACGAAGAAGGCUACGAGUUUGACGUAGUUGUGACUACGGAUGUCGUGGCGUUGUUUGUUUGGUUGGAUAGUCAUAGGAUUAUUGGUACUUUUUCGGCGAAUGGGUUCUUGCACGUGCUGCCCUCUAGGACUGUGCAAUUUACGGCGAAUGAAGCCACCACCGUGGAGGCGCUGACGGCUGAGUUGACUGUGACGCAUUUGAGAGAUCCGGCGUAUUUGUAAAAAUUAUGUUACGUUUUUUCAACAGUGCGGACCAAUAUAUUGUUAUAAGAGCGA